UUGCGAAAAAAUUCCAUUCAUGGCCAUUGAGAAUGAAGGAUCGACUAAAAGGAUAAAUGGAAUGUACCACUAUGUAUUGCGUCUUUAUGAUCAUCUUAUUAAUGGCCAAAAGGUACUGGUAACUCUUAUAGACAUUCAAGUUUGCUUUGACAUUCUCGUAUCAGAUGGAGAGACUCCAGAUGAAUAUGAAGAAAAGUCAUAUUUACGAAUUUAUACAAAUGGUACUGGAGAGAAAAAGAAAGCCAUCCAAGCUAUCCAAGAAAAUAAUUUCGUAACUGCUUCAGAUGAUUUAUACUCAUUCUACCGAAAGACUAACCCACUUUGUCCAUAUGAGUUCUUCGUAUUUAUAAAAGAUUUCUGUCCACUAAAGGAUUUCACAACAAUAAAAACAUAUGCCUCACAAAUGGAAGAAUUUGCAGAAGUUCUUGAACAGAAAAACAAGGCCUUUAUGAUUGGUAUGACAUUACAUUGGAAAGAUGAUCCAAAACCAUUAAAACAAAUCUGUUUUGUUGACGUUGAAACUGCACCAGACUCAUGA